CCCUGUUUCUUCCUGACACGGUUCAGUCUCCAGUCUCCUCAGAGGAAUGCGGCUCUCGCAGCUGAACUGAACCUGAAUCUCGAGGCAUCGCUCCCUUCACAUCAUGGCUGGCUUCAGGCAAGAGGAUGUGGAGUUGUUUUAUGAGAUGGAAGAGGAGCUGGGCAGUGGACAGUUUGCCAUUGUUCGCAAGUGCAAGGAGAAGAGCACAAGCAUCGAGUACGCGGCCAAGUUCAUUAAGAAGCGGCGGCUGUCGUCCAGCCGGCGGGGGGUGAGCCGCGAGGAGAUAGAGCGAGAGGUCAACAUCCUGCGGGAGAUUCAGCACAGCAACAUCAUCACUCUGCACGACAUCUUUGAAAACAAGACGGACGUGAUCCUGAUCCUGGAGCUGGUGUCCGGAGGAGAGCUCUUUGACUUCCUGGCUGAGAAGGAGUCUCUGUCCGAGGAGGAGGCCACUCAGUUCCUCAAACAGAUCCUGGAUGGCGUUCAGUAUCUUCACUCCAAACGCAUCGCCCACUUUGACCUCAAGCCUGAGAACAUCAUGCUGCUCGACAAGAACGUCCCAAAUCCCAGGAUCAAACUGAUCGACUUCGGGAUCGCUCAUCAGAUAAAAGCAGGAAACGAGUUCAAGAACAUCUUUGGAACGCCAGAGUUUGUCGCGCCAGAAAUAGUAAACUAUGAGCCACUUGGACUGGAGGCGGACAUGUGGAGCAUCGGAGUGAUCACGUACAUUCUGUUGAGUGGUGCUUCGCCGUUCCUUGGUGAGACCAAGCAGGAGACCCUGACCAACAUCUCAGGCGUCAACUAUGACUUUGAUGAGGAGUAUUUCAGCAACACCAGCGAGCUCGCCAAAGACUUCAUACGCCGCCUGUUGGUCAAGGAUCCAAAGAAGAGAAUGUCGAUUAAUGACAGUCUUCAGCAUCCCUGGAUUAAGGUGAUCAAGAGGAGGAACGUGCGUCCAGAGGAGAGAGACCACAAGCCGGAGCGCCGGCGCCUGAAGACCACUCGUCUGAAGGAGUACACCAUUAAGUCUCACUCCAGCAUGCCGCCGAACAACACCUAUGUCAACUUUGAGCGCUUCUCCCAGGUGCUGGAGGAGAUCGCGGCGGCAGAGGAAGGCCUGAAGGACCUGGAGCGCAACCAGCGCUCGUGCCAAGAGGAUGUGGCGGCGCUACUGUCCAUCUACGAAGAGAAAGAGGGCUGGUACAAGGAGGAGAACCAGAGCAUCUCCAGUGACCUGAGCCACAUCCGCCAGGAGCUGCAGCGCUCCCAGACCCAGCGCAAGAAGUGCCAGGAGGAAGCCCGAGGCACCAUGCAGGCUGCCAACAUCCUCAAGCGCAAGUUUGGGCGCCUGGAAAACCGCUACGAUGUCCUGGCCGAGCAGGUGGCCUCCGAGGUCCGCUGGGUGGAGGAGCUGGUCAAGUCCAUAUCUGCAGAGAGGGACGGGCUCAGCUCUGGCAGCAUGCCCUGAGCUGAGCUGGGCUCACGUCCAACAAAGACACUUUUAAUCUCAAGUAUCGUCCUGCCCGUCUUCUCCGCAUGCGUCACACACGGCAGCGUGUGAGUGGGUCAGUCGUCCUCAUAAGCUAGGCAGCUGCUUCCAAUCAGGAAAGAUGUUCCGCCAUUUUAGUGCUACAUCGAGAGAAACCAGCAAGAAGCAGAGAAGCAAUAUACUGAACCCAUUCCCUAUUGAAGAGGCUCAUUCCUGUGUUUUAUACAUUAAUUUAUAAUUUUAAAGAUUUCACGUACUGUAUUGCAGCUGUCAUGCAUCCAAUUUCACAAAAUCUUUUGCAAACCACAUUGGGAUUCUGUCGGUUUUGUAAAUAGUUUUAGUUUUUUUUUCUCUUCAGACGCUAAAUUCAGCUGAAUUUUCAAGAGCUUUAAAAGUCAUUGACGAGCUGAUUGAAGUCAGGGGUGUUUAUUUACCAUUUACAUGCAUUUUAGAUUUGAUUGCAGCUGAUUUUAAAUCUUUAAUUCUGUCAUAUGUUGGAAAAGAGCAUUGACUGUAACGGAUGAAAUAAAUCCAAACUGAGUAUAGAAGAGUUAGAGCAACACUUUAGUUUACCGGUCCAUUAUUUUGGAAAUUUUGGAAGUACCACAUACGUUGGUUAAAGAAAUACAGGGAAAAUAGUCCAUUCAAAUCUAAGUAAAUAUUUAUGAAUUAUUUGUUUAUCAUGGCACACUGUAUCCUUUUAUAUAUUUUUUAAUUGCUUGUUCUAAGUGAUAUUUCCCCAUUUACCUGCUGUCAUUGGUUUACCAGCUGAUAUCAUUUGAAAGCCUCCCUCAGAACUUACUUUGAAACUAAUCCGAAUUGAUGGACCUGUAGAAUAAAGAUGUUACCGGGUUUGAGAAUGUACAAGCUCACCUUUGCGGUGCCUCUAAACUGAUGAUAUUUCUAUCACAUUGAUAUCGCUCGAUGUCUUAAACGCAACAACUUUUGCACAGUAUCCUUGUUAACCAAAUCAUGUGUGGGGAAACUUUCUUUGUGAACUGUAUCUCUUCUUAGUUUUUCUGUUUCCAUUCAGACCAUCCCUGCACACCUGAAACAUUCCACCGUUAAGUUUCACAUCCUGGCAACACAUUCCCCAUGUCGAGCAUAGAACGUAAAUGACGUAGUCAAUAGUACUUUUCAGUAGAGAGCUGUACUCCUUUGCACUUAAACAAUUAUAGCAAUGUUCCAAAAUAUAUUUUGAUUUGUGAAGAUGUAAAAAUGGCCUGUCUGGGUUUGUGUCAAAUAAACAAAGUUAUAACUGUAA